AGUGAGGUGCACAGCUGCUAAUUCAUUGCCCCUGGGGGUUGAAACGAAGAGCAGCAAGCCAGUUGUUUCUUUCUCUUUUUUCUCUCUCUCCCUUCUUUUUUAAAGGAGAGGCUCCUGUGCGUAUUUGCUGCAGUGUAAUUUUGGCGAGAGCGGCGAUGCUGUCCAAGAAGAAGGCCGCAAAGCGGGCCGCCAUCAGUGCGACGGUGCGGAAGGAGGAGAAGGUCCACCGCGAUGCGGUGCAACAGCGCAAGAAGGGUGUCUCCGCAGCGGUGACACGCACAAAGGGCCAGGGACACCACGCAGAGAAGGACGCGCAGCCCCCGCACCGCGUCCUGACGCGGGCGGAUGCGGUAGAGGGGACCAGCAGCACCGACAAUCGGGCGGAGCUCAUUCGUAGCCUCGGCGACCACAUCGACACACGUUUGCAGGACAUCACCUUUGACGACGACCUCGACGGCGAUGUCUUUCACGAGCGCCGCGCGCUGUUGAUGGAGGAGGCACGCCUUGCCGCGGGCGUGAAGCAGCGCGUCGUCUCUACCUCUGUGCUGGACUAUCUGGGCCGUCACAUGGAACUGCGCGACGUGCACACCGUGCGCAUCGCUCACAACAGCAACUCCAUCACGUGCGUCGCCGCCCUCGGCACCGACCGCAUCGUCUACGGGGAUAAGUCUGGGAAGGUGUACCUAGUCGACAUUUCCACCACCGCGAGCGGCACGGGCAUGACGAUGAGCGAUAGGGCGGAGGCGCAGCGACGUCGCAAAGUGCUGCUGGAGCCGGUGCUGCCCACCGGCAUCGUCUCCAUUGCCGUGAGCGACACAGCUGCCAACCGGCCUACCACUCGUGACGUCUUUGAGAAGACCACUGUAGACAUGUCCUGCCCUUCGUAUGUCGCCGCCGGCGCGAUGGACGGCUCGAUCAGCGUAUGGGAGACGCUCACGAAGGUCCACAAGGGGCUUCUCUUUAUGCACCGCAAGCCGAUUACGGGGCUGCGCUUCCGCAUGGACACCGCCACGCUUUACUCCUGCUGCGAGGACGGCACGUUACGUGUGUGGUCGGUGCCGCAGAUGAUGGCGAUGGACAAGCUGUUUGGACACGAGGGCGCUAUUCACUUUAUUGACGGUCUGCGCAAGGAGACGGCUGCCACAGUGGGCGAGGACGGCACGAUGCGGUUUUGGAAGGUCGACGCCGCGACGCAGCAGGCCUACACCUACGCGCCGACAAAGCCGUCUGACGUCCUGGUAAACGGUAGCGGUGCGCACGCAUCGGCCACACCGCAGCCACCGGCGCCGAAUGUGGUGAUGGAGGCGGUGGCGAUGCUGAACGAGGGCAUCGUGAUUGGCGGCGCCCGUGAUGGUAGCAUCAUUGUGUUUGAUUUAAACCGACGCAAGCCGCUGAUUGUCGUGCCGGCCGCACACGGCUACGGCUUCAUCGGCGACGGCACGGGGCUUGAGAAGGCCGCAGUGCAGCUCGCUGAAGAAGACGCGAGCGCGCGAGUGGCAGGUGGGUCCUCUUCGUCGGCCAGCAGCGGCGCUCGUCGCAACGCGAACCCGAUCACGGCGGUGGCCGCCGUGCCGUACGCGGAUGUAAUGGCCACCGCCAGUUAUGACGGAGUGGUGCGGGUGUGGCGUGUAGCCGGGGUGGGUGCCGGCGCCACCGCACCUGGUCGCCGCACCGAGGAGGCCGAAGGCCAAGAGGCUUCUUCGACGUCAGCAACGAACACGAUGCGGCGAGUGGAGCCGCAUCUGGUGCUCGUGGCAGCCCUGCCCGUCCCCGCGAUCGUCAACUCCCUGCGCUUCAGCGACGGCGGCGAUGUGCUGUACGUGGCGAUGGCGAAGGAGCCGCGCCGUGGACGCUGGGUCGUGCAGUCGGCUGCCCGCAACGGCGUGUUGGUCGUGCCGCUGACGGAGGGCGGGAAGACGCUGCUGCAGGGCAUGAGCGGCGAGGUGGAGCACAUUCCGGCCCAGCUCUUCGGCAUCGACGACACGGCCGUGGAGGCGGAGGAGGGGGAGGAGGACAGCCACAGCGAUGGCGGCCACCGUCGCAACGCAGGCGAUGAGGAGGAGGGGGAGGCGGAGGUCAGCUCCAGCGCGGAUCUAUUCCUUGACGAGGACCACGACGACGAUGGUGCAGCAGCGGCGGCGGUCGACGACGAGGCGCAGGAUAUGUUUAGUGUCGGACCAGAUGGGAUGCUGCGGUUCAAGGACGACGUGGCGCGUGCCUCGAAGAGCGCAUCACCGUUGAAUAAAACGAAGAAGAAAAGGAGCGGGAUGCCGAAGGUACUCCGUCAGACCUCCGCGGCAGAAGUCUCGACUUCAGCGAAGCCGCGAGAUGGUGACGCACCAGCGAAGAAGUCGCUUAAGAAAACGAAGAAGAUGAAGAGCGUCGGCGCCAAAGCGAAGGUUGGCACAUCGAAUGGCGCAGCAGCGGUGGCCGCGAAGAAGAAAAAGAAGAUGAAGAUGGCGUGA